AUGCCCAUGAAUUGGAAUGACACUGCUGAUGCCAAGUUGCUGGUCGGCAUCUUGGCAACUACCAAUGUCAAGUUGGACAUGCCCGCCCUGGCUAGUUACAUGGGUCCCGGGUGCACCGUGAGUGCCGUGCAGCAUCGCAUCCAGCGCCUCAAGGAAAAGGUCGGUGCUUCCACUGCUGCUGCCGCCAGCUCUGCCCCUGGCACUCCCGGCGAUGGAACUGCCACCAUGACCGCCCCAGCCAAUGGCCCCGGACCUGCGUCUGUGGUUCCCACUCCGGAGAAACGAAAGAGAGGUCGCCCUAAGAAGACGACGACUGCCGACACUGUCGAGGACAGCGAGAAUGUGGCCGCUCCUACCCCCAAGAAGACUCGGGCCAGAAAGGCCAAGAAGUCCGAAACUACCGAGAGAGAGGACAGUCCGGAGGAUGUUUUGCCUGACGUUACUCACGCUGAGGCUCUUGCUGCUGGCCGUGGCGAGCACGGGUCGGUUGGUGGCGAUGAGGUCCAGGAGACUCCGGUCAAGUCUGAGACCGACGUGGCUGAUUUGGCUGGCUGA